AUGUCACCAUCUUCUGUCAACAACUGCAUAGACCAGGGUGGUGGUGGGUUGGGGGCACACGGACAGCCGCAGGCCGGUUUGUCAAGUACCUCAGGUCCCAACGUAGUUGUUGGUGGUGGUGGUGGUGUUGGUGUUGCUGGUCUUGGGGUUGGAAUCGGGUCAGUUGCCGGUGGUGCCGUCGUAGGAGUCAGUGGCACAGGUGGAGGAGCAGGUGGUGGUGCAGUUAGGGGGGGUAGUAGUGGUGUUGGUGGUGUUAAUUUACCUUCAUCGGGAAGUUCAAGUUCCUCAGGAGGAGGAUCAGCUACUGUAGUUGGAAGCAGCGGUAUUGGUACUGGUAUUGGAAGUGGUGUUACUGGUGGAAGCAUCGGCGGUGGUGCAGGUGGUGGUGCAGCUGGUGGUGGAAGCGGAUUGAGCUCUUCUACUGGACCAUCACGUAGGGGUCGCCAAGGGUGGCGUGUUUGGCGUCGAGAUCCAACCCUCAUGAAUCUAUGGAAAUCUCAGGGUCCUUUGGGGUCUUUAGGAAACGCCAAGGGUUACAUCAUCCUCGCACUUUUGAUUGGGGUGAUCUCAAUGGUGAUCGGUUGCUGGUUAUCCGAUAAUUGUUGGUCACCAGAACCAGAGGGGGUGAUCACCCUUGCAUAGCCUAGUGCCGAUUUUCGUUCAUCUAGGCGAUAACAACUACUACGACGCCUACCAUCCUAUACGAUUCUUUACGAAUCUAAUAACGGUCAGCGUCCUUCGCAACGACAACAACUACAACAACAACAACAAUUACAAUUGUUACAACAAUUACAACAAUUCGAAGAAUUAUCUGAUGAACAACAACUACAACAACAAGAACUAGAACGAGAACAACGUCGACAACAAUCUGCUGAUAGAUUUGUUCAGCAUCAAGGACGACCAUUGCUCGACAUUAAUGACAACGACACGCUUUUACGCGUCUAAUCGUCAUAGAUCGUCAUAGAUCGUCAUAGAUCGUCAUAUUAUAGGAUAUAUUAUCCCUCAUUGAUCAUACAUCAUUUUUCUUAUAUUUUUUUUUGUUAAAAAAUUCA